AUGGCCACUGCCAUUUUACCAGUCAAAGACGCCGACAAUCAACAUUCUAAAAUUAUUUAUCUUAUUUGGCUCGAUGCUAAUGUAAAUAUUGAAGAAGUUCGUGAUACAGAACAAAAAUUAAGUUCGAUUAUCAAUCAUCUCAAACAGUUUCAGGAUGUAAAACAAUGUCAAAAAUUUAUUGAAGGACUACCACAAAAUGAACGAGUAAUUAUGAUUGUUAGUGGUCGAUUGGGACGAGAAAUAGUCCCUUCUAUUCACACACGUCGCCAAGUCAUAUCGAUAUAUGUGUACUGCAUGGAUAAGGAGAGUAAUGAAAAAUGGGCUUGUAAAUUUGCAAAAGUGAAAGCUGUUAUGGUUAAUCGUAAUGAACUUAUUUCACGAAUUCAAGCUGAUCAUAACACUGAAAAAGAAAACGAACAAUUAUUGUCAAUUAGUAUUCGUCCGACAAUGACUAGUGAACGUGUUAAAGAAUUGGGUAUAAAUACUCAUGCUAGUCGUGAGACAGCUAUAUCAUAUUUUAGACAUCAUGAUGUUUCAAAAGACUUAGCAACAGUAGUAUUUGAAAUCGAUGCCGAUCCUAGUGUGGCUACUAGAACUCCAUUCGCUGAAAUCAGUGCACACGGUGCAUAUCCUAAUGAAUCAGAAGUACUCUUUAUGCUUGGCUCUAUAUUUCGUGUGAACAACGUCAGCCGCAAACAACUUGGAAAUGGAGAAACAAGCCUUCAAACAUUGGGAAAAUUAUUAUGGAAGAUGGGAAAACUUGAUCUUGCUGAAAAUUACUUUAUGCGUUUCGUCGAAGAACUUACACCAAAUGAUCCAUUACUCAUUGUUUUGUAUGAAGAUCUCGGUAAACUUACAUCAGAGAUGGGUAAAUUUGAUCAGAGUGUUCAGUGGCAACAAAAAUCUAUGGCACUUAAAAAUAAACAGCAAUCAGUUUCUAUUAUUAGCAUCGAUAAACCAAGCAGUUCUAUUGAAAUCAUUUGUGGACUUUCGUCUUCGAAAAAUACAAUUAUUUAUUUCCAUCAUCUAUUAUCAAUGAAUUUUAGUCAAAUUGAACAUCAUUUUAAUGCAACUGUAAAUGUCAACCUUAUAUUAUCUAGUCAAAAACAUCAUCGUUUUAUUGUUAUUUUUAUUAUUAUUGGUAUUCUUGUUACAAUUGUAUGUCUUCAUGCUUUAUACAUAUUAUGUAAAAGUCGAGCACCAUAUCGUCAUAGAAUUCGACUAGAUUAUAUGAUUGAUUUACACGUAGCCAAAGAAGCUGCACUAAAACUUGCACCAGAACAAGUGUAA